CCCGCCCCCGGCCCGCCAGCAUAAAAGCUCUGGCUUCGGGUCUCCCAACGUGACAAAACUUCCCGUCCCGGCGGCUCCGGUUCCAGGUCCAGCCUGCGAGUCUUGCGGGCCCGGACGCUGGCUCAACACCUGUGACUUCACGUGUGCGCGCUGCCGCAUCUGUCGUCACACCCAUCGCCACCUUUGCCAAGAAACCCACACCUGGGCAACGUCGUGGUUAUAAGUCUUCAACCCAUGUCUGUGACCCUAACACCUGUAACAUCUGGGUCACGCUUGUGACGCCUGGCCACACUACUUGUGGCGACAUAUGAGCAACCCUUCCCACACCUGUGGAAACACCCGACUACCACUCGUGACCACAGCCCCUCGCAGCGAGAGCCAUGGCCGCCGCCCGCGAUAGGGGGGCCCCGCGCGUGCUGUUCGCAGACUGGCUUCUGGGCGAGGUCAGCAGCGGCCGCUACGAGGGGCUGCGGUGGCUGGACGAGGCCCGCACACGCUUCCGAGUGCCCUGGAAGCACUUUUCGCGGAAGAACCUGGGCGAGGCCGACUCGCUCAUCUUCAAGGCCUGGGCCAUCGCCCGCGGCAGGUGGCCGCUCAGCAGCGGCCCAGGCAACCCGCCAAUCCGCGAAAGUGCACUCCGAGCCGGCUGGAAAACCAACUUCCGCUGCGCACUGCGCAGCACUCAGCGCUUCGUCAUGCUGCACGACAAUUCCGCGGACCCCGCCGACCCGCAUAAAGUGUAUGAGCUCAGCUCCGAACCGCCGUGGAGAGGUCAUCCCAAAUCUCCCCCAGAAAGUCCAGGCAUUAACCAGGGGGAGCACAAGGCCCUUGAGGAUGCCUCAUCCUGGAGGGGUGGGCUCCCUAGGCCACAUCUGGUAGAUGCUGGUGAGAGGCUGGGGCCUGCGCCCAGUGCCCCAAGCCCCGGCCUGGCAGGCUCCACGGGGGACCUUCUGCUCCAGGCUCUGCAGCAGAGCCACCUGGAGGACCAUCUGCUGGACGGUGCCCAGGAGGUGGACCCAGUCCCCCUAGAGGCUCCUGGCCCAGAGCUCCCUGCUGAGCAACCAUACCUGCCGUGGGCCAUGGAGGUGGCCGCCAGCCCCAGGUCACAGCCCCAGGUCGCAAUGACAGAUGCAGGCCCCGCCCCAGAGCCCUGGCAGCCCCUACAGGAGACGGAGCCGUCCACCCAAGUGGUGGGGCCCAGCCACCCACAGCCCAGUCUGCACGUGGAGUCUGGCCUGGGGACCCUGGACGUGACCAUCAUGUACAAGGGCCGAACAGUGCUGCAGGAGGUGGUGGGGCGCCCGCGCUGUGUGCUGCUCUACGGGCCCCCUGGUCUAGCCAGCGAGGCCAGAGAGCCCCAAGAGCCCCAGAUGGUGGCCUUCCCCAGCCCAGCCGAGCUCCCUGACCAGAAGCAGCUGCACUACACAGAGAAGCUGCUGCAGCACGUGGCCCCGGGCCUGCAGCUUGAGCUCCGGGGGCCUGGGCUGUGGGCCCGGCGCCUGGGCAAGUGCAAGGUCUACUGGGAGGUGGGCGGCCCGCUGGGCUCCGACAACCCCUCCACACCGGCCCGCCUGCUGCAAAGGAACUGUGACACCCCCAUCUUUGAUUUUGGCACCUUCUUCCGAGAGCUGAUGGAGUUCCGGACUCGGCAGCGCCGAGGCUCUCCACACUACACCAUCUACCUGGGCUUCGGGCAGGACCUGUCGGCUGGGAGGCCCAAGGACAGGAGCCUGGUUCUGGUGAAGCUGGAGCCGUGGCUGUGCCGCGCAUACCUGGAGAGCGUGCAGCGGGAAGGUGUGUCCUCCCUGGACAGCAGCAGCUUCAGCUCUGCUCUGUCUAGCUCCAACAGCCUAUAUGAGGACCUGGAACACUUCCUGGAGCACUUCCUGAUGGAGGUGGAGCAGCCUGCCUAGGGCCAGACCCCAGACCUCCCCGAGCCAAUAAAACGAAUGAAGAACCA